CCUGAGGAAGCCCCGGAUUCGCGCUUCCUCCCAUUAGUGUUGUGUCUUUUUGUUCCAUCUUCAUCUCGUGUGAAAGAGAAAGGAACCGGACGCCUCCGUUUUUGCAGCUCUCGGUUUCUCAUGGAAAUCACCAGUGGGGAUGGGAGCGAUGGGGGAGCCGAGAGUGAGGGACUUGCCGGGGACUAGCACCCGCUGCCAAUCACGGACGAAAUGUGUCAUUACAGCUUUUGUUAGGAAAUAGUCAGCUGUCCGGUAAGAGAGAAAGCGAUUUCCUUAGAUGAUAGAUUCCUCCUGGCAUUCAGAGAAGUAUACAGAACCUAGAAGAGAUUUACCCUUUCAAUGGACCGUUUCACUGUUGAAAAGGAGCUAAAAUGGAGGUAGUAGUCGUUCCUCCUUUUGGCUUUAUGUUAAGGAAAGAAACUUUCUUGAGCCCAUUUUCCAGAUUUAAAAAAUGUAGCUAAUAAAGUCUGUAGUUUAUGAAAUGUACAUUCUAAAACUUAAACUAAGAAGUUGUUAUAAAGAAUUAGCAAGUCACUUUGAAGAUAGAGCACAAAUACAAUAGGGUCUCCAUUUAACAUUUAAAUUGGCUACCGUACUUUAAUAGUGAAAGUACAUGCAUAUAAAGCACCAACUUUAUAUGGAGGUUUCUAGUGUAACGAGAUCCUGUCUUAUCGUUAACUUUCUGUUUUGUUGUGGGUGGUGUAUGUCUUGUUUUCAUGUGUAUCAGGAAUAUGCCACCAAAACAAGAAUUGGGAUCCGGCGUGGGAAAACCGGACAAGAACUCAAGGAAGCAGCAUUGGAACCGUCAAUGGAAAAAAUAUUUAAAAUUGAUCAGAUGGGAAGAUGGUUUAUUGCUGGAGGGGCUGCUGUUGGCCUUGGUGCAUUGUGCUACUAUGGCUUGGGAAUGUCUAAUGAGAUUGGAGCAAUUGAAAAGGCUGUAAUUUGGCCUCAGUAUGUGAAGGAUAGAAUUCAUUCUACCUAUAUGUACUUAGCAGGAAGCAUUGGUUUAACAGCCUUGUCAGCCCUGGCAGUGAGCAGAACUCCUGUUCUCAUGAACUUCAUGAUGAGAGGCUCUUGGGUGACAAUUGGUGCAACCUUUGCAGCCAUGAUUGGAGCUGGAAUGCUGGUACAAUCAAUACCUUAUGACCGGAGCCCAGGCCCAAAGCAUCUUGCUUGGUUACUGCAUUCUGGUGUGAUGGGCGCAGUGGUGGCUCCUCUGACGAUAUUAGGGGGGCCUCUUCUCAUCAGAGCUGCAUGGUACACGGCAGGCGUCGUAGGUGGCCUCUCCACUGUGGCCAUGUGUGCACCCAGUGAGAAGUUUCUGAACAUGGGAGCACCCCUGGGAGUGGGCCUGGGCCUCGUCUUUGUGUCCUCACUGGGAUCUAUGUUUCUUCCACCUACCACUGUGGCUGGUGCCACUCUGUACUCGGUGGCAAUUUAUGGUGGAUUAGCUCUUUUCAGCAUGUUCCUUCUGUAUGACACGCAGAAAGUCAUCAAGCGUGCAGAAAUAGUGCCAGUGUAUGGAGUUCAAAAAUAUGAUCCCAUCAAUUCGAUGCUGGGAAUCUACAUGGAUACAUUAAAUAUAUUUAUGCGAGUUGCCACUAUUCUAGCAACUGGAAACAGCAGAAAGAAGUGAAGUGACUCCGCUUCUGACAUCGUUAAUGCGUCAGAUUCCUCCUGGCUUGUCUAGUAGGGCAGGUAUUCAUUAAGUAGUUUGUUGAAGCAGCUUUUGUUGAAGUUUAGAAGAUAAGAACUUGUCAUCAUGUUUGAAAUGUCCCAGUAAUGUGAUCCUUCAGGUCUGCUUUUUCUUCUAGAGAAUAAAUUCAGUAGUUCUCUGCCAAAUAAG